GCUGCCCCGCCGUCGGCUCCCCGCGCGCAGGUCCGCGGGGCGGGGCAGCUGCCCAAGGGCCACCCCGGGGCGUUUCCGAAGGGCGCCCCGACCGCCCCCCGAUGUACUAUGCGGUCUGCCAGGCGCGCGUGAACGCGGCCCCCGCGACCAUGCUGCGGCCACAGCGGCCGGGAGACGUGCAGCUCGGGGCCUCCCUGUACGAACUGGUGGGCUUCCGGCCGCAUCCCUCCUCCUCCUCGACCUCCUCCUCGACCUCCUCCUCCACGACGGCCCCCCUCCUCCCCAAGGCCGCGCGCGAGAAGGCCGAGGUGCCCGCCGACCCGCCGGGCUCGGGAGCGGGGCCGGGCGCGCGCGCGGACGGCGGCCCCCGGGCGGACCCCAAAGAGGAGCAGCAACAGCAGCUGCGGCGCAAGAUCAACAGCCGCGAGCGGAAGCGCAUGCAGGACCUGAACCUGGCCAUGGACGCGCUGCGCGAGGUCAUCCUGCCCUACUCGGCCGCGCACUGCCAGGGCGCGCCGGGCCGCAAGCUCUCCAAGAUCGCCACGCUGCUGCUCGCGCGCAACUACAUCCUGCUGCUGGGCAGCUCGCUGCAGGAGCUGCGCCGCGCGCUGGGCGAGGGCGCCGGGCCCGCGCCGCGCCUGCUGCUGGCCGGCCUGCCCCUGCUCGCCGCGCCCGGCCCCGUGCUGCUGGCGCCCGGCGCCCUGGGGCCGCCCGACGCGCUGCGCCCCGCCAAGUACCUGUCGCUGGCGCUCGAGGAGCCGCCGUGCGGCCAGUUCGCGCUCCCGGGCGGCGGCGGCGGCGCGGGCGGCCCCGGCCUCUGCCCCUGCGCCGUCUGCAAGUUCCCGCACCUGGUCCCGGCCGGCCUGGGCCUGGCCGCCGUGCCGGCGCCGUUCUCCAAGUGAGCGCUCGCCCUCCCGGCUCCCGCGCGCCCCCGCGCCUGGCGCCCUGCACCGCGGGGCCCAUCCGGGAGCCCCUUGAGGACCUCCCGGCCCAGAGCAGGGGACUCCGGGCGCCCCCACCCCGCGGAAGUGCAAGUGACCCGAGCGGCUGUUGGGCGAAGCGCGGGCGCCGCGGAGGUCCGUGUGGCCUCAGCCGCUUGGGCGCAGCGCGCUCCCCCCUCUCCCGCGGCCCCGGAGCUGCGCCCGCUCGUGGGCGGCCGGUAGGACCGCGCUCGCCCGGUGCAGCGGGAGGCCGGCUCCCAGCGCCGCCGCGCAGAGGCCACACCUGCGGAGCCCGCGCGCUGUGCUCCGGGCGGGAAGGGGUUCUGCACCGGCCCCCCCACCCCCGCCAGAGGUGAAGGCGCCCGGUGCCCGCCAGCCCGGCCCUGUCAGAGGAGGCUGCCGGCCUCGGGAGGCGGAAAUGACCGGCAGUCGGUGCAGAGACCGGGCGCAGCGGACGAUGAACCCUCCCAGCCCUCGGACGGCAGGCCUCGCGGUGGCGCGGGAGGCGGCGAUGGCAGCUCCAGGGUCGCGGGGUGCGGUUUGGGAAGAGGGUCCGCUUGCGACCCGGCGGUUGGAUCCGUUUUUGAGGUCACACCGCCGGGUGCGGCGCUGGGGCGGUUCGCUCUAGGUCCCGAGGCCUAGAAGGACGGGGAGGGGGGCGGGAGGGGCUGGGACGUCUGUCGUCGCCCUGCCCGCAGGGAGGCAGCCAGCGCCCAGCGACCUCAAACGAAGCCCGCCUCCCGCCGCCGGCUCCGAAACCCCAGCACCCCCAGCUCAUCCGCUCCUCUCCCCGCAAGCGGCCAGGGGGCUGCGCCCCAACCCGUGCUCAUCCGCCCACCCCGUGGCCUCCGGGGAUGGGCUCCGCCUUCGGCCUCCGGUCGCUUUGCCUCGGAAGCUACACGGUGAGCGGCUCCGUGGUCACAGCGGCAGCACCUUCUCCACCCCGAGGCUCGCUUUGGACCCGCGUUGAAGGCGUUUGUGGUGGGAGCAGCGCGGUCUCCGGCAUCUCUUCUCUCUCUGGCUCCUUGCGCUGCGGGAACCCACACAAUAAAGCUCCACAGGCCCGAGUUGUUGGUUGCUGUCUGAUUUGUUUGU